GAUCUUCUGAAGUCGAUCAUCUUCCAGAUGCUUAAGGAGGAGGAAGGCGAGACAAUUCAAUCCUCAAAGGAACUUUCGCUGGCUCGACUGGCCAGGAAGAAGGAGUUUCAGCUUCUUGUCAGUCGUCUAGCGCCCUACUUUAUAUGUCCACGCCUGCCAAACGCCCUGACUGAACUUCUAAGGCCUCAGGGAGUUAACGAGGCGGAGGAGUAA